UCCGAUUUUUUAAAAACAUACAAUCUUUAAUAAAUAUUUUUUAGUUUAAGUAUUAUAAUGGCAUACCAUUCAGUCAUAAAUUGUGCUGCUCUAAGUAAUUUUAGUGUCAAUACUUCAUUUAAAACUGUCACAUAAUUUAAUGUUUUGUUUAUAAACGAACCGCGAAAGAAAUUACCCGAGUAAAAAUGUCUUUUUUAACAGAAUAUUUCGAUGAAUAUCGUACACAUCCUAUUAGGAAAACGCAAAUGUGCCGCCCCGAAAAUCGAUGGGCUAAAUUGGAUGGAAAAUGGUUAGACCCACGAGUAGGGACCGAAGAUAAAGCGUGGACGGAUGAGGAGAUUGAGCAGUUUAUCAAGAAGACCAUGAGAUGUAUUCGCAGCCAGUCCACUUACUACAACGACUAUUGUGCUCACUUGUCACAAGAAUUCAAGACACGUCCAUUCAAGCCGCGCGUGAAGCGUCCAGUCUGCGACAAGGAUGUAAAGAUAGCUGAGGAGGUGCCUCUCCUUCCGACUGAGAAAUUGGAUAUAAAGAGUUCUGAGCUAAUGAAGAUGGCCAGAGAGUUGUACGAGAGAGAUAUGAAUAAGCCCACGCUGGAACCGCUAAAGACACACUUUAGAAUUCUUGGAUAUGUUCGCCCGUGCUAUUACAAGACGGGUUUGAGUGAGUACCAGAAUAGCACAGCACGCCUGGCGUACGAAAUGAUACGCGACGAUCGCAUUCCUCGCUUCCACGCGCACAACGGCUGUAGACCACGCUGGGGCCUGCCGCCCGAGGGUACCAGGCAACCAGAACUCGACGGAGCUCCCUACGAUGGAGAGAGGCUGUACUAAGUCUGUUCUUGUUCUUGAGCUCUGGUUGAGUCUGGUCGAGUUGGUCACAGAUCUAAGUUGUAGAAAACAAGAUAAUAUAUAAAAGGGUUGGUUUCGAUUAAAAUAAAACGAAGGAUUGUUCGUACAUUAUUUGAAAAUUAUGUCAAUAUCAGUUUUAUGGCGCCAUAUAACUUUGUUUAUGACAUGUGGGUAGGUGCAUAAAAUCUUUUUUUGGUGAUUAAAUUAAAUAUAAAUUCCAAUUCUUUAUGUUCAUAUAAGAGUGUAAAACAUUAACAAAAAAUUACUGUUAUUUUUUUCUUUAUUAUAAUUUAAAGAAUU